AUGGCGUUCGCUCGAACUCAAACAGAAUUAAAACCGAAACUGAAAUUCUGUCCAUUUCCAUCGGUAAAAUUUAUUUCGUGUCAAAAUUAUGUUUCGCUCUUUGAAUACAUUUUCCUCUCCACAGUAUGCAUCCUUCCAAUCGUGAUCGCCAGUGGUUGGGGUCAAACCACGAACUACUGCGACCGCGCACUGUGUCCCUCCGGUGGGCCGCACAUCGCUUGCAACGGAUUGGGCAGUCCGAGUCCCGCGUGUGGUGCCGGAUCGUUCGAGAUCAAGUUGGAUAGCUCCAAGCAGGCGUUGAUUGUCAAUCGGCACAAUCAACUCCGCAACCGAGUUGCCAUGGGAAACCAAAACUACACGGAUGACUCGUUUUACCCGCCGGCUGCUAGGAUGGCUACUUUGGUAUGGGAUCGGGAGUUGGCGUACAUGGCUGCUGCUAAUGCACGACGCUGCGUUUAUGAGCACGACCGAUGUCGCAACACAAUGAUGAUGAGGACCGUUGGGCAGAGCAUGGCGAUAAAGGUGAUCCAAGAAGAGAACGUUCCUGACGAAAUGUUGAUUCGAGAAUUCAUUGACUCUUGGUUCUCCGAGUAUUCAAAUUCUAAUCCUUCGCACAUUUCAAGCUACCCACUGAACUGGACAGGCCCAACGAUUCGACACUUCACUCAAAUGAUGUCCGAUCGCUCCAGCAGGAUCGGAUGUGCGAUGAUGAGUUUUGGGAAAUCGCCUUGGAUCAACAAGCUGUUUGUUUGCAACUAUGGCUUCACGAAUACUAUUAAGCAACCUGUUUAUGUCACAGGACCACCAGGAUCACAAUGUCUGCUUGGGCGUAAUCCGGACUUUCCCGGGCUUUGCCGCACAGUGAAAAUUGUAGUCAAGUAUCCUUCAUUCAUCAUUUCGCUGGUGGUCAACGGAAGCUUAGGUCAAACAGCAGACUUUUGCAAUGCAUCUCUGUGUCGUUCUGGCGUUACCCACAUCGCCUGCCAUGGACUGCAAAAUCUGAGUUCAACGUGCGGGGACGGAUCAUUCGAGGUCAACCUGGACAGCGCCAAGCAGGCCCUGAUAACGAAUCAGCACAACACGCUACGGAGUCGCGUUGCUCUAGGCAACCAAAAUUACACCUCGACCCUAUUCUAUCCACAGGCUGCCAAGAUGGCUACUUUGGCAUGGGACAACGAGUUGGCACACAUUGCGGCCACCAAUGCGAGGCGAUGUGUGUUUGGCCAUGACCAGUGUCGAAACACCGCCACGAUGCGAUACGUUGGACAGAAUAUUGCCAUAAAAAUGUUCUACGGAAUGAGCAUCACCGACGAAGUGUUGAUCAAAGGUUUUAUUGAUAGUUGGUUUUCGGAGUACGCGAAUUCGAACCCGUCGCACAUUGCCAGUUAUCCUUCUGCGUGGACUGGCCCAACUAUUGGUCAUUUUACUCAGGUUGUUUCGGAUCGAUCUAGCAAGAUUGGAUGUGCCAUGGUGAGCUACAUUACUGCACCCUGGAUAAAUAAGCUGUUUGUGUGCAACUACGGACUAACGAAUAUUGUGGGGCAGCCGGUCUAUGUGGCAGGUGCAACCGGAUCGCAGUGUAAAACUGGCCGGAAUCCGAGUUUUUCGGGAUUAUGCAGCACUUCCGAAGUUGUCAGCAACAAUCCCUGAUAAAUAUGAAUAAUAUAUAAGGAAUAAACUAUGAAUGAUUGC